AGUGAUUGCAGUGACAGCAGCAGCAGGUGAGGCUUGGUCAGUGUGAGGAGCUGGGAGCGGACACGCCAUGGGGCUUCUAUCUGACCCAAACCGUAGACAGGCCCUCUCCCGGGUCAUCACCGGUCUGAACGCCCCCCUGUGUGCCAUCUUCUACCUGAUUGGUGUCUGCUGGUUCCUGGGCCUGGCCUUCCAGCCCUUCACCCUGCGCUCCUACAUCUCCGAGAACUCCAUGGGAUCCACCAUGGUGGACGAGAAGUUCAUAUACGGGGACCGAGCGCUCUCCUACGCCAGAGAGUUCGCUGCGCACAAGAAGUCAGCCGGGUGAGUGAUGUGUGC